AUGUCAUCAUCCACCGUUAUGGCCACUAUCACACCGGAGGCACUGGAAGAGCUGCUGAAGUACUACAACCUUUCCCGGCAGGAGUUUAUCAAGACAUACAACAUCAAGCCUCUGGUGUACAUCCCCGAGUUACCUUCGGGUGCGAAGACGACUUUUGUCAUCAUGUACGCUGUGAUUUUUGUCUUGGCGCUGAUCGGGAAUAGUUUGGUGGUGUACAUCGUUGUUCGGAAACGCGCGAUGCUGACAGCAACAAACAUUUUUAUUUGCUCUCUGGCGGUCAGCGACCUUCUCAUCACUUUCUUUUGCAUCCCCUUCACUUUGUUACAAAACAUAUCGUCAGAAUGGCUCGGAGGUGUUUUGGUGUGCAAGACAGUUCCCUUCGUCCAGACUACAGCCAUUGUAACAGGCAUCCUCACGAUGACCUGCAUCGCCCUUGAGAGGUACCAGGGGAUCGUCUACCCGCUGAAGAUGAGGAGGCAGUACACCCUCAAAAGAGCCUACAAAAUGCUUGGGCUUGUGUGGAUCACGUCAGUGAUAGUGGGAUCCCCUAUGCUGUUCGUCCAGCAGCUUGAGGUGAAGUACGACUUUGUGUACGACCAGCACCACGUGUGCUGCCAGGAGCACUGGCGCUCGCUGAAGCACCGGCAGGUGUACACCACCUUCAUCAUGGUGGCCCUCUUCCUGCUGCCCCUGGCCGCCAUGCUCUUCCUCUACACGCGCAUCGCCAUCCAGCUCUGGGUGCGCAAGCGCGUCGGGGACUCCUCCGUGCUCAGCACCAUGAACCACAGAGAGGUCAACAAGAUAUCCAGGAAGAAGAAGAGAGCGGUGAAGAUGAUGAUCACCAUUGUGCUUCUCUUCACCAUUUGCUGGGCCCCAUUUCACACCGUUCACAUGCUCUUUGAAUACAACGACCUGGAGAAGAACUACGACGAGGUGACGGUCAACAUGAUUAUCGCCGUGGUGCAGGCCAUCGGCUUCUUCAACUCCUUCAACAACCCCAUUGUCUACGCCUUCAUGAACGAGAACUUCAAGAAGAGCUGCCUUUCCACGCUCUCCGGCUGCCUGCGCAAGGCCAACCUCCACCACCAGGGCGGCGCCGGUGGCUCCGGUGCCGACAGGAUCCCCAACAACCACAGCAGCGUGGUGCAGUUCAGCAAGCCGCUCAAGUGGGGCCCGAUGUUCCAGAGCAACAGCGUGGGGGAUGCUGGGGGGUCCCGCCAGCACCUGGCUGGCAACAGCGGCGGCUCGUCCUCGUCCAACACGACCGACGCGUUCGCCGCCUUUCCCGAGGUGAAGAUCUCCGGGAUUACCUCGGAGCUCCCUGCUAACGGCUAG